ACCCGGGAGGCGGAGCUUGCAGUGAGCCGAGAUCGCGCCACUGCACUCCAGCCUGGGCGACAGAGCGAGACUCCCGUCUCAAAAAAAAAAAAAAAAAAAAAAAGAACACCAGUAAGCGUCUACCGCAGGCCCUACACAAGUAGGCCCUUGUACUCACUGGCAUCGCGCUCCCGGGGCCCCCAGGAAUGAGGCACUGAGAUCCCACCCCAAGCCGCUGGGGGCGCCAUUCUACUUCGCUCCUACGGAAAUGGGACUUCGAUGUCUUUCUGCGCUCGCGCGCCACGGACACUCACUUCCGGCCCUGCGCACUCAGGGUCUGAGGCCGCUAGUAGUUGGAGGGUCACCAUGAAGCCCAAUCCCUUCGUGACCUCGGACCGCAGUAAAAACCGCAAACGUCACUUCAGUGCCCCCUCACACGUGCGCAGGAAGAUCGUGUCAUCCCCGCUCUCGAAGGAGCUGCGGCAGAAGUACAAUGUCCGCUCCAUGCCCAUCCGCAAGGUCGACGAGGUCCAGGUACUUCGAGGACACUACAAAGGUCAGCAAAUUGGCAAGGUAGUCCAGGUGUACAGAAAGAAAUAUGUCAUCUACAUCGAGCGGGUGCAGCGUGAGAAGGCCAACGGCACAACCGUCCACGUGGGCAUUCACCCGAGCAAGGUGGUUAUCACCAGGCUAAAACUGGACAAGGAUCGGAAAAAAAUUCUUGAACACAAAGCCAACUCUCGACAAGUCGGAAAAGAGAAAGGCAAAUAUAAAGAAGAACUUAUUGAGAAAAUGCAGGAAUAAAUAGAAUCUCUUGUGCAACCACGGUUUAACCGGAGAUUUUGAGGCUAGUGUGUGUUUCUUUCGAACUUUUCAGAAUGUCUCUGGAACAUUUCAUUUCCUGUUUUGUUACCUGUGGCUCUGUAAAUCUACUUUUGCAAUUUUAAUUAAUAAUUUUAUGAGUAAAAAUGGGAAAUGCUUCCUAAUUCCAAAUAGUAUUUGCAUUGUUUUAUAAAUAAAUUCCACUUACUAUCAA